CGUGACAUUCGGUCAUAUUUUAACGUACAGAACAAUUGACCAUGGGCAGGGUAAUUUUUCAGGUUACACUUACUGUUUGUUGUUUGGCUUUUGGCGCGAAAGGAAAAUUGAACGGUUGUGUAGAGCAAUCUCUCGUAGGAAGCAACAAGCUUAACAUACCCGACAGCAGUUACACAGCCUCAUCAUAUUAUCAAAACCCAAACAUCCCAGGCGAUGUACGAUACGCCCCUUACAAUGCCAAGCUGUAUGGUUCACAUGGAUGGGCACCAAAAUAUACCAAUAAUCCUGAUGAUUACUUACAGAUUGAUCUCGGCACUCCACGUGUUAUUACUGCUGUAGCAACACAAGGAUAUGGUAACACUGCAAAUAAAGAAUGGGUGARAACGUAUUACAUUAAUCACACAAAUGACCUUACAAAGUGGACAACUUAUGAAAAACAACAAACCGGGAAAAGUAAGAUCUUUGAAGGCAAUAAAAACAGAUACGGAAUUAAACGUCACGAUCUUAGUCAAAACCCGAUAACAGCAAGGUACAUCAGGUUUGUCCCGAUAACAUACAGGAGUUACAAGACGAUAAAAGUUGAUAUCAAAGUGGCCUAUCAAGAAGCACCAGUAGUAUCAGCAAUCCCUCAACAAAGGUCCAUCCAACUAAGCUGGACAAUCGAACAGUGCAAUCCAGAAGACCCCAUAACUGGGUUUGUCAUAAGAAAUGGAAGUAAAGAUAUUCGCGUAAACAGCAUAAAAAGGCAAUACACUUUAUUGGGUCUGAAGCCAUAUACAGAAUACAACGUAAGGGUGUUAGCAAGAACACAACGUGUAAAUGGAUCAUGGAGCGAGACAAUAAAUAUAAAAACAAAGGAGGAUGCUCCUUCUGCUCCAGUAAAUGUCACUGGUACUUUGAUACCUGCACAACAUCCACUUGGUCCAAGUGUUGUUAUCACGUGGGAUAGACCACGAGACCCUAAUGGCAUCAUCAGGAAGUACACUAUCGUAUAUUACUAUAACAAGGAUACAUCCAAUAACAAGACAGUCAAGAUCAGUGGAUCAGCUGAUCUCACCUACAGUAUCAAUGUUACAAAGAAUGGAAUACUAUCAUACAAGAUAAGUGCGACUACAGUCAAGGAAGGACCUUAUGCAGCUGGGAAAGACAUUGAGUAUGGAUGUCCAGAGCAAUCUCUUGUUGGAAAGGAGAGAAAUCUGAAUCUAUCAGACAGCAGUUACACAGCCUUAUCAUAUUAUAGAAACCCAAGCAUCUCAGAUGAUGUUCGAUACAAACCUCAUAAUGCCAUACUAUAUGGCAGAUAUGGAUGGGAAUCAAGUGAUAAUUAUAAUCCUGAUGAUUACCUGCAGAUUGAUCUCGGUACUCCACGUGUUAUUACUGCUGUAGCAACACAAGGAAGUGGUCGCACUGCGAAUAGAGAAUGGGUGACAAAAUACAAGCUGUAUUUAGCAACAAAUAACAUAACACUAUGGUAUACUUAUAAAGAUGAAUUUGGAAAUUUGAAGUCCUUCAAAGGAAACACCGACUCUAACAGUGUAGUACGUCAUGAUCUUACAGACCCUCAAUUGGCUAGGUACAUUCGAUUUGUACCAGUGGCAUAUCAUAAACACAAGACAAUGAGAGUCAAUGUUUACGUUACUAACCAAGAACCUCCUCGUAUGGAAUGUAUUCCUAAGGAACGUUCAAUAACACUAACAUGGACCUACAAAAACUGCAGUUCUACAGACCAUAUCACUGGAUACCUAGUGAAAGUCGAAAACAGUACCUUUAGAGUCUUUGGCGAUGACCUGACUUAUGAUGUGACCAACUUAAAGCCGUACACUGAAUACAAUGUCUCAAUAAAGGCCAUCAAGCAAGUAGGGYAUGGAGUAUGGAGCAACGUCACAACAAUCAGAACUGCUAUUGCAGAACCCGAAUCGAUAGCUUCUCUAAAUGUUAAAGAAACGUCAUCUGAAACAAUUUUGCUAAAAUGGAAGCUUCAAAAUCAGUCGUUGAUUCACGGGCCGCUCAAKGGAUACAGGAUAACCUAUACACCACAAGAAGGAAAGUCUAAUAUAAUUGACGUGGGUGAUGUUGGARACUAUACUCUGACGUCACUACUCAAGUAUACAACUUACGUCAUCACUAUAGCAGUCAAUAACACAAAGUACAUUGGUUCACCAAGUACAGAGCGAAGAGUGAGAACGUUAGAGGAUGCUCCUUCUGCUCCAGUAAAUGUCUCUGGUACUUUGAUACCUGCACAAUGCUCAUUUGGACCACGUGUUGUUAUCACGUGGGAUAGACCACGUGACUUGAAUGGCAACAUCAGGAGGUACACCAUUGUAUACUACUACAACAAGAACACAUCAAAUGUAGAGAUAGUUACUAUAAACGGGACAACUGAUCUUAUAUACGUCUUUAAUAUUACCGGAAACGGAACGUUCUCAUACAAGAUUAGUGCGACCACAAUCAAAGAAGGCCCUUACAAAAGUGGUGAUAACAUAACUAUACCUUCACUUGUUAAAUCAAGACGUAAUGCAGAUGAAAAUUCUACCUCUCCUUUCAACCGCUCGAUGAUAGCCGGAUUCAUUGCAGGGUUUAUUGUCCUAGUGCUGAUUCUCAUUGUUGUGACUACUUUAUAUAAACGUCGAAAUCGCAAUCGUAAAAAUAAACACGAAGAUAUAGUUAUGGACCCAGUACCUGUACCACUGGCUGUCAUUGACGAUACGCCAGUCCCAGAGAAUAAUGAUUAUAUUGAUUUCCUGGARGUGUCUGCAAAAAGUUCUUUCGACGCAGAAAACAACGUAGAAGAUCAUACAUAUGAAGAAACUGAAAGCUUCCUUCCUGAUUUGAUCAUGAUGACUGCCCAGAGUCCAAUAGAAUUUAUUCCGCCAGACAAAAGUAAGCUCACGGAAGAAUUUAAGAGCAUACCCGUGGAGCCGAUGCAUGAAUGCAAGAUGGCAAAGAGACCUACCAACAAGAUAAAGAAUCGAUACAAAAAUAUUGUUGCGUGUAAGUCAUAAAUGCCUAUAUCACUUCCCUUAUAGCAGGUAUCUCUCUGCUGAUAAAUCARGUACAUUUAUGGUUUGGCAAAUUCUGAUUAAAWAUUACCGAGAUCUUUUGCAGCUGCUUUUUCCUUCAACAUAUGAAUGAAWUUUUGCUAAGAUGCCACAACGAGAUUCACAUUACGUCAGAAUGGAGGUUCUAUAAUAUUAGGGAUAAUGACWAGUGUCAAUWCUUUUUUGAUUUAUGUGUUUAUCAUUUUUGAGUAGGUGGUUUGCGAUAUAGAAAUUGUUUUCAUGAAAUA